CCAACCUUCGUGCUACUAGUACUACUACAUUACAUUGGCUCUACAUUCUACAAUAACCCUACAUCUGGGAAUCCAAGUUUGAAGUGUACAACUCCAGUAGUUACUGCAGUACUACCUAACUUUAAGCUUUUCAGAACAGAAAACAGAGUGAGACUUCUAAGUUUUUUAGAGAGGUAGAUCUAGAUUAAGAAAUUCUUCAAAAAUGUUUGCUGUUACUCCUCGACUGCAAGAUGAUUUUGGCCUACUUCGUCUUGUUGAUGAAUUGAUAAAUCCAUGGGAUCUAAGGACCCCGAUGAUGUACAGAGAUGGCUCCCUUGCUAAUCUUAGUGGCAGGCUUGGUGAUUCUGAGAUUCAGAACACUGACAAAGAGUUCAGAAUUCGAUUGGAUCUUCGCCAUUACAGCCCAGAAGAGGUAAAGAUCAGUUCAGACAACCAAAAGAUUACAAUCAGAGCAAAACAUGAGGAGAAACAAGACAACCAUGGUUUUGUGUCGCGUGAAAUGACUAGAACAUAUUCUUUGCCAGAUGAUGUUGAUCCAAAGUCUGUGACAUCGUCAAUGAAUUCUCAAGGAACACUUAGCAUCAAAGUAUCCAAGAAGGCUAUCGAAGCUCCAAAAGAAACUAAUAUUCCUAUUGAGUUCAAAGAAUAAAUCUCAAUCUUGUGAGCAGGUUCCUCAUACUAUUCUAUCAACUAACACUUUCAUUGUUUAUCUCAUGUACUUAAAGUAGAAAAUGUAAUUUUUCUCAGUAUAAGUUUUUUUUUGUAAGGGUUCAUGCACAAUGAUCUCUCCACCCCUACCCCAUGUACACAUUUUAUAGACCACCACCCCUCAUGUGAAGGAUACCCAAAACACUCACUCAUAAAUUACUACAAUUUGGGAUUUAAACAUGGUUAUAAAAUUUUAGCAAUUGGGUAAUUUAAUAUAAAAUAGAAAUGCAAACCCUUGUAUGUUUAAAAAGAGUUUACCAAACACAAUAAUAAACCACUACUCUAUUGUCCUGUGUUAAUGUAAUGAUGUGCAUGUUCCCUAAUUAUUUUCUAUCAUGAAUCAGUUGUUUAGAGGGUCACUGAAAUCACAUCUGGCAUUAAGAUUUCUCAUGUUGUGUUUUCACAGCUUUAAAAAUUAUUUUUUAACGAAGUGACAUUGUAUAUUGCAUUUAAUUAUUUUUGUUUAUAAUUUCUUUUUGGAAUUACCUACAACCUAGUCUUAAUCCUGUAACCAUUGUAAUAUGUAACCAGAUAGGCUACUAACACAAGUUUCUUUUUUUUUAUAUAUUUUGUCAUCUUUAUGCUGUACAUAAUUUAUGCAAAUAUUAUGUAAUUUUAGCACAUAUCACUGGAUAUUCAUGAAUUUUUUGAAAAUGUGCUGUGCUGAUGUGUUUUUUUGAUGAAUAAAUGAAAUAAAA